GCCUUCCCGAGGCCACGCCCAUCGCCCCCCUCUUAAAGCGGCCGCGCCCGCAGGGACAUCGCGGGACCGGAACCGUUACGCAGCGUCCCCGGGGCCGUUUCCCGGUGCCGGUGCCCGGUGCCCGCCCCAGCCGCGCUCUCCCAUCCCCGCCGCCGCCGCCGCGAUGCUGCUGCUCCGGGCCCUGAGCGGCCGCAGGCUCCCGCCGCUGACGCAGCUCCGCCGCGGCUGCUCCCGCCCGACCGCCGGUAGCGCGGCCCCGAGGGGACACCGGGGAACGGCCCCGGUGCUGGCGGCGCUGCUGGGGCUCGGGGCCGCGCUGGCCUACGGGGAGCGGCGGCGCAGGAGCGCCCAGGCCGCCCAGGCCACCCCUCCCCCGCAGUACCCGCGCUACACCCGGGCCGAGGUGUCGCGCCACCGCACCCCGCAGGACCGCGUGUGGGUCACGCACGGCACCGACGUGUUCGAUGUCACCGAUUUCGUGGAGCUGCACCCGGGGGGACCGGACAAGCUGCUGCUGGCGGCCGGCGGGGCUCUGGAGCCUUUUUGGGCUCUUUACGCCGUUCACAGCCAGCCCCACGUGCUGGAGCUGCUCCGCGACUACAAAGUGGGCGAGCUGAGCCCCGAGGACGCCGCGGCGCCGCCACCGGGGGCCACCGGCGAGGAGGAUCCGUUCUCCGGUGACCCCCCCCGGCACCCGGCGCUGCGGGUGAACAGCCUGAAGCCUUUUAACGCCGAACCCCCGCCGGAGCUUUUAACCCAAAGUUUCCUGACCCCCAACGAGCUUUUYUUCACCCGUAACCACCUCCCGGUGCCCACCGUGGACCCGGCCUCGUACCGGCUCCGCGUCCAGGGUCCCGGCGGCCGCGCGUUGUCGCUGUCGCUGUCGGAGCUSCGCGCUCGCUUCCCCAAACACGAGGUGACGGCCACGCUGCAAUGCGCGGGGAACCGGCGCUCCGAGAUGAGCCGCGUCCGCCCGGUCAAGGGGCUACCGUGGGACAUCGGUGCCAUCAGCACCGCCCGCUGGGCCGGGGCGCGGCUCCGGGACGUGCUGCUCCACGCCGGUUUGGCGGAAAAUCCCGGCGAGGGCGAGUGGCACGUUUGUUUCGAAGGUUUGGACGCGGACCCUUCGGGCUCUCGCUACGGAGCGUCCAUCCCGUUCGAGCGGGCGGUCAGCGCCGAGGCCGAGGUGCUGCUGGCUUACGAGAUGAACGGGCAGGAGCUGCCCCGGGAUCACGGAUUCCCGGUGCGGGUGGUGGUGCCCGGCGUGGUCGGGGCUCGGAGCGUGAAGUGGCUUCGCAGCGUGGAGGUGUCGCCGAGGGAGAGUCAGAGCCAUUGGCAGCAGAAYGAUUAUAAAGGGUUCUGUCCGUCCGUGGAUUGGGACACGGUGGAUUUCCGGGCGGCUCCGGCCAUCCAGGAGCUGCCGGUGCAGUCGGCGAUCACCGAGCCCCGCGCUGGAGCCGCCGUGCCCGAGGGGGAGCUGACGGUGAAGGGCUACGCGUGGAGCGGAGGCGGCAGGGAGGUGGUCAGGGUGGACGUGUCCCUGGACGGCGGCCGGACGUGGCGAGCGGCCGAGCUGGGCGGGCAGCGGGGCCGGGGCUGGGCCUGGGCGCUGUGGGAGCUGCGGGCCCCGGUGACCGCGGGCUCCAAGCUGGACAUCGUCUGCAAGGCCGUGGACCGGAGCUACAACGUCCAACCGGACACCGUGGGGCCCAUCUGGAACCUGCGCGGGGUCCUGAGCAACGCCUGGCACCGGGUCAGCGUCACGGUCACCCGCUGAGCCCCACCGGACACCGUG